AGGAUGAGCUGCGACAGCCUGCCGGUGCUGGGGGACACCGAGGUGCUCUGCAUGGGCUACAACCACACGGAAGCCACCACCCUGCCACCUUUCUUCGGGAAGCCCACGCGCCCGGCCAAGGAUGCAACCAAAAACCUGGUGCCUCUUGAUGGGCAGCGCCCCUCGGGGCUGGACUGUGGCCGGACGUGCAAGGGCAAAGCGCCUCUGAUCCCCAUCUCCAAGGAGUCCCAUCCGCUGUACAACCGCAUCAGGACGGGGCAGGUACCAAACUGCGCCAUCCCCUGCUACCAGCCCUACUUUACCCAGGACGAGAAGACUUUUGCCACCUUCUGGAUCGGCCUCUGGUCCAUCCUCUGCUUUCUUUCCACGUCCACCACCGUGGCCACCUUCCUCAUUGACAUGGAGCGCUUCAAGUACCCCGAGCGCCCCAUCAUCUUCCUCUCUGCUUGCUACCUCUUUGUUUCUGUGGGCUACAUCGUGCGGCUGGUGGCAGGGCAUGCCAAUGUGGCUUGCAACCCAGAGCAUCACCACAUCCACUAUGAGACCACAGGCCCUGCCCUCUGCACCGUGGUUUUCCUUCUCCUCUACUUCUUCGGCAUGGCCAGCUCCAUCUGGUGGGUCAUCCUGUCCCUCACCUGGUUCCUGGCAGCCGGCAUGAAGUGGGGCAACGAGGCCAUCGCUAGCUACGCGCAGUACUUCCACCUGGCUGCCUGGCUCAUCCCCAGCGCCAAAUCCAUUGCUGUGCUGGCGCUCAGCUCCGUGGAUGGUGACCCAGUGGCCGGGGUUUGCUACGUGGGCAACCAGAGCCUGGAGAACCUGCGGGGCUUUGUGCUGGCACCGCUGGUGGUUUAUCUCUUCACCGGCAGCCUCUUCCUGCUGGCUGGCUUCGUCUCGCUCUUUCGCAUCCGCAGCGUGAUCAAGCAGGGCGGCACCAAGACUGACAAGCUGGAGAAGCUGAUGAUCCGCAUUGGCAUCUUCACCAUGCUCUACACCGUGCCUGCCACCAUUGUCAUCGCCUGCUACAUCUACGAGCAGCACAACCGGGAGGCGUGGGAGCAGGCGCAGAACUGCUCCUGCCCGGGGGAUCCCCACCGCCCCAAGCCUGACUACGCCGUCUUCAUGCUCAAGUACUUCAUGUGCCUUGUGGUGGGCAUCACCUCUGGUGUCUGGAUUUGGUCUGGCAAGACGCUUGAGUCCUGGAGGCGCUUCACAGCCCACUGCUGCCGGGCCAG